AUGGGUCAAGCAGUUUGUAGUUUUGAAGCAAAAGUAGCUUUGCAUUCAAUAAUGGCGAUGCCAUUGGCACUAGCACUUGUCUGUGUUAUUUUCAUGACACCAGGAGAAGCAAGGGCAUUGGGGGGCUCUCGUCCAACACACGUUAAGACUGUGAACGUGACUAGGCUGUGCAAGCAACAGCAAAUUGUGACAGUCAAUGGGCAGUUUCCUGUUGGAAAUACUUUCCGCAUUCUGGUUCAGACGGGGAAAAUAUAUCUCCUGCGAAUCAUCAGUGCUAUUUUUACCAUCACACCAAAAGCACAUACUUAUGAUGGAAAGGGAUCUCAUCGUAGAUAUAAUCGCUACACCAACAACAAUGAUAAUUUUAUCAAUGGACGCCUCAUAUACCAAACCAUUCUUUACAGAUGUAAUGGUGAUAUAAUGGUGAUAUAUCCUGGACAGACUACAGACUUUCUCUUCAUAGCAAACCAAGUAUCAGGAUCAUACUACAUGGCUGCUAGGGCAUACAGGAGCGGACGUUUUGUACCCUGCAAUAGCAAUCUUACAGUACACGAGCAACACUAUUCCAGCCUAUUUCCCUCUGUCCCUGCGACCAUCGAUCAGGAAAUGCUAAUAACAAAGGGAAUUGGACUCGUAAUCUGUCCACCCAAUACUUGCACAGCCCUGGGGGGCUUGAAAGUGGUUGGAAGCUUCAAUAACAUUUCAUUUGCCAGGCCCCGGAUUGCUAUUCUGCAAGCCUACUUUUUGGGUAUUGCUAGAGUUUAUACCACAGAUUUUCCGAGCAAUUCUCCUUUGGCUGUGCAAAUAGUGUUUCAGGGCACCGACAUUCUCAGCAAUGAAAGCCAUCCUGUGCACAUUCAUGGGUUUGAUUUUUAUGUUGUGGGACAAGGAUUUGGUAACUAUGAUUCCCAAAAAGAUCCUCAGAAUUUCAACCUGGUGGAUCCUCCGCGCUGCAAUACAAUUCGAGUUCGGACUGGUGGGUGGGUAGCCAUCAGAUUCAAAGCUGACAAUCCAGGAGUAUGGUUUGUGCAUUGCCAUUUCGAAGUUCAUUCGGACUUUGGAUUUAACAUGGUAUUUCUUGUGGAGAACGGACCAGGCGCGAACGACAAAUAG